AUGGCAGACACGCCAUUCGAAGACGGCGUCGACAGCCCAGUGCGGGAUAGUGCACAACGAACCGGUCAUGAUGUGGGCGCAUCUAAUGGGACAAAAGCCAGCAGCAGCAGGUCGAGCGAUUUCUUCUAUUCCAGGGCCGACGAAUUACAGGACCUCCUUGUUUCGGUCGUGUCGCGUCUCGUCCCUUUCGUCCAGCAAGCCGACAUAGAGCGCAGAGCUCACCGGGAUCACCAACAAGUAUCGACAUCGUGUCUCGUGGACUCACACCCACCUUCGGAUUUGCUGGCCAUCCUACACUCGAGUGGCACCCUCGACCUGCCCGACCAGGGGACCGGUCAAGCUGGACUCGAAGAGACUCUGUCAACCAUAUUGAAAUAUAGCGUAAACCCUUCGGCGCCCGGGUUUCUCGACAAGCUUUACGCCGCGCCCCUACCACCUGGGAUUGUGGCCGAGUUGAUCCUUGCCGUGCUGAACACAAAUCUGCACGUCUACCAAGUAUCGCCAGUUCUUUCUCUCAUCGAGACACACGUCACGAAGGCGCUCGCGCAUAUGUUCGGUCUCACGGGUCCACGUGCCGGGGGCAUCAAUGUCCAAGGCGGCAGCGCGAGCAACAUGACCAGCAUUGUGAUUGCGCGGAACACGCUGUUCCCGGAGACGAAACGACUCGGAAAUCAUGCUCCGGGCCGACAGCUCGUCAUGUUCACGUCGGAGCAUGGCCAUUACAGCAUCGAAAAGGCAGCGCAGCAGUGCGGGUUUGGCAGUGACAGUGUCGUUCCCGUCCCCGUGGAUCCGAUCACCGGUGAAAUGGACCCGCACGCGCUCGAAACACUGAUAGUACGAGAAAAGAGCCACGGCAAGACGCCAUUCUACGUCAACGCCACGGCUGGGACGACCGUACUUGGCUCCUUCGACCCCUUUGCGCCCAUCGCGGAAGUCGCCAGGAGACACGGCCUGUGGAUGCACAUCGACGGUGCAUGGGGCGGCAGUUUUGUCUUCUCGGCUUCUCUACGGUCCAGGACGCUGAGAGGCUGUGAACUUGCCGACAGCAUUGCCAUCAAUCCGCAUAAGAUGAUGGGCGUGCCAGUCACUUGCAGCUUCCUGUUGCUCAAAGACCUGAAGAACUCGCACAUGGCCAACACCCUCCGAGCAGGCUACUUGUUCCACGACAAGGCGGGAGAUGAUGACGAGGGUUCGGAAAAUCCAGUGGGAGUCACGAACGGCACAGCGAACGGUCAUUCCGACAAUGACGACGACUGGACCCCUCCGGACGACCUUGCGGAUCUGACGCUCCAAUGCGGCCGACGUGGCGACAGCCUGAAACUGUUUCUGUCCUGGCAAUACUACGGCACGGCUGGAUAUGCGGCCAAGAUCGAAAAUGCAUACUCAGUGGCAUGCUACAUGGCAGAUCUUGUGGCCAAGAAUCCGAACCUGCUGCUCGUAAGCACAAACCCACCGCCGUGUCUGCAGAUAUGCUUCUACUUCGCGCCAGGAAAGAAGAUGGUGCAUGCUCUAAGCGAUAUUUCCCAUAUGAAUGGCAGCCAUAACGGGGACCCAAAAAGCCAAGCGCAGAAGUUAGGCAAGCGCAACUCAGCAGUGACGAGCCGCAUUGCUCAGGCUCUGAUCCCGAAAGGAUUUAUGGUAGAUUACGCGCCGGCCUUGAGCCACGAAGUGGAGAAGGGUUCCUUUUUUCGAGUCGUUGUCAACAUCUCCACCACCAGGGAGACGGUUGAAAGGCUGGUACACGAGAUCGAUGUCGCUGGACGACUAGCUGUUCCUGGUAAUUCGGAGACCAUUCCGAACAGUGGUUGA